AACGCUGGUUCCGCUGCCGCGAACAUACCAGCACCGGCAUCGGGUCGAGUGAUCCUCUUCUUCUCCGUCAAUUCCUCCGGCUGCUUCUGCGGUGUGGCCGAGAUGACCAGUCCGGUGAAUAAGUUGAAACACCUGAAUAUUUGGCAAGACAGCCGUUGGCGCGGAGCUUUCGAUGUGCGCUGGAUAUACGCCAAGAACGUGCCAAACCGUCUGCUGCGUCACAUCCAAGUGGAGUCCCCGGAGAACCGUGCGGUGACGCACUUGCGUGACAGCAACGAGAUCCUGCCGGCCAGCAAGGCUGAAGAAAUGCUUCAGAUUAUUCACAAAUACUCCCCUCCUCGUCUGUUUCAUCAUGGCGCACCCUAG